AUUUUAACGAGAACAACAUUGUAAAUGAUCACGAUCCAAUAAGUACUAAUUCAACCAUAAAUGAUGUUAUUUCUUUGAACUCGUUAAAUGUUGAUUAGAAAUUAAAUCACAGUAAUUUUUUAUUAUAAUUGUGAUUGAUGUUCAUUCGAAUAAUAUUUCAAUAACUUCUUCAUAACCCAAAUUUCGCUCCGCAUGAACAUAAUGCGUCAAAGUGCUGAAUUACUUUCUAUUAUUCGUCUCGUAAAAACGAAGAAGACAAGAAUAUUACAAAUAUUCGUCUUAAAAUUAUAACCUCAAUUUUAAACAGUUUUCAGUAGAUUAUAAAAUCAAUUAAAAUGUCUAAAGCCGCCGCAAGAUUAAAGUCUUUGAAAAAAGUUUCAGAAAAAAUUCAACACGGUAAAAUUCGUACCAAUAUACCAGCUGGUAUGGCAGCUGCAGGACCACCGCUUGGACCAAUGUUGGGUCAGCGAGGAAUAAAUAUAGCCGCAUUUUGUAAAGACUUUAAUGAAAGAACUAAAGAUUUAAAAGAAGGUAUACCUUUACCUACUAGGAUAACUGUUAAUCCAGAUAGAAGUUAUGAAUUAGUGAUAAAUAAGCCUCCAGUAGUAUACUUUCUUAAGCAGGCAGCUGGAAUACAACGAGCUGCUAUGGAACCAGGUAAAGAGAUAAGUGGUAAAGUAACGCUUAAACAUGUUUAUGAAAUUGCCAAAAUAAAACAAACGGAUCCAACGCUAGAAAUCAAGACAUUGGAAGAUGUGUGCAAGAUGAUAGUCGGAAUAGCAAAAUCAUGUGGCAUAGAAGUUGUUAAAGAUUUAAAUGCUGAGGAAUAUGGAGAAUUUUUAAACCAGAGAAAAUUGAUAGUAGAGCAACAGAAAAAGGAAUUACAAGAAAAGAAAGAAGCAAAAAUGUUGAGAACCGGCUAAUGAAUUCAAAUUUUAUACUGUAGUGUUUUAUCAUUCUUAGUAAUAACAUAAAAAUGUUUUUCAGUUGUCUCUAAAUAUAUUUGUUGCUAAAUUGUCACUUCUGAAUAAAAAUUAGAUUUUACAACAGGUACAAAAUUAAGUUUAAACCUAUUUCCAUCUUCAUCUUGAGUAAAUUCAACAAAUAUUCAAUUCUUUUUUUGUUAUGUAGGGGUAGACUGCAUUACUGCUGUACCAAUAAAUGAAAUUGGAAACAUGAAUUUAAAAUUCAAUUUUUAUUAUAGAAAACAGAAACUAAACAUCAAAAUGUAAAAUACUUUUUGUUACAACUAUCAAAUGAUAUUGUGUGAGGUUGGAGUAAUACAAUUCGCCGAUAAUUAAUACAUAGUUAUUUGAAAUAAUUUUUGUUUUAAUACUUGUAUAUCAUUCAUACAUACCAUAUGAAUAAUAAGGAAAAAAUGUAAUACUAUCAGUCUCAGAGAGUUUCAGUACCUUUGGAAUCAUGUAUCAAUUGUCAUUAAACUUAGAAAAACACGAGAAAUCCGUAACUUUUUGGUUUUAAGAGGUGUUCUAAUGAGUUAAAUUUCUGUAAUAGUAGUCUUAAUAAUUUAUAACACAU